AUGCAAAGUUAUAUACCUGAGGAUCCAUAAAUAAAUAAUAAUGAAUAACCAAAGAAAAUUAAAAAAAAAAACAAAUAUGAUUAUCACAGAAAAAAGAAAAGAAGUUUUGAUGCUUCUAAUACUAAAAAACCAACUUAAAAAUUCGCACUAGAGGAGGAUAAGCUUAUUCUACAGUUAGUUCUAAAUGUCGGUCCUAAGUUUUAAAAAAUUCAUAAACACUUUCCAGGAAAAACUCUGGCCAUGGUAAAGAAUAGAUAUUACAAAUAUCUUCGGUAUAGAUGGGAGAUCUUGGGAUAGUAUUUUGUUUAAAAUAUUUUUAGAAACUAUAAACAUCUAAGCAUUCCACAAGAUUCAUAUGAAAAUUUGUGUGAAUAAUAAAAAAUUAUAAGUGAUCAACUUGAGGAGGAAAAGAGCGACUUAAUAGCGUAAAUUAUCUCCCAUACAAAACUACUUUCAAAUGCUCGAAUGUUUGUUGAAUAUCUAAUUGAACAAUUAUUAUGA